AGGAGAUCCUAAUGUGAUCCUGCGCUGCCGAUCCACCCUGCUGCUCCAGGAUUCUGCCGCCAUCGACCAGUGAACAUGGAGAUGCCCCUCAUGGAUCACGUCCGCCACUCACUCAUGAUUGACAGGAACAAAGAUGUGAUUAUAGACAAGCUCCUGAAUCUGACGCUGGAGAUUAUCUGCCUGCUGACCGGAGAGGAUUAUGUCGUUGUGAGGAAAUCCGGGGACCAAUGUGCGUCGGAGAAGAGGGGGCGUCGUGUGUCAGACAAGUGCAGCGAGGCCCAGAGUCUAGUCACAGGGGGUUCUCUUCCAACUCCAGUGACAGAGGAGAAUCCUGCCCGGAGGAUCCAGGGACCUGCCAAGAAUCAUCACUCAGACACUAAAGAGUUGCCCAUAAAGUCUGAGGAUGCCGACGUCUCCGCUUGGGACUAUGCAGCGGAGCAGAAGGACGUUGUGGUGGUCAGUGGUCCGGAAUGGCGCUCCGCAGCCGGAAAUUCUGCCCCAAUUCCAGUGACAAUUUUGGAGCCGAGUGUUGCUGGUCACCAGGACCCUACAGACCCCAAAGCAAGUUACAUACCAGCUGCACAUAGCACCGAAGGUCGCCACAGAAAAUGUCGGACCCCCCUGGGUUCUCAGGAGUGUAUCGCGCAGGAGCACCAGGCUGAGCCGCCGGGGGAUGGGAUGCUUCAUCAGGAGUGUAAGGAGGAGGAAGACGCAGCCAUUCCUGGUGACGACGACUCAGGUGAAGAUGAUUCCACAGACCUCCAGGAGCGAUGCCAGAAUCCUGCCUCCUCCGAGGAUUUUAUAGAGGAAGAUAAUGAGAUGAUCUCACAGGAGUAUCCGUCCGAUGUCUACGAUGGGUUAAUUCACCGGCCGUGUAAAGAGGAGGCAGGGCCUGAUUACAUAAACUCAGGUCCGGCCGGCUCCUCGCUCACCGCGGUGGUGAUUGGUCACUACUCACAGACCGAAGACCGAUUCCCCAAUCCCUCAGACCCGGCUGUCUGUCAGAAACCCCCCAGCGCUCAUCCUCUGUUCUUCUGCUCCAUCUGCGGCGUUGACUUCAGCUCAGAGACGGCAUUUGCCGCUCACCAGCGACUCCACACGGAGGAGAAAUCUUACGACUGCGCUUACUGCGGUAAAUCCUUUAACCAGCGCUCGCGUCUCCUGUCGCACAAGAGGAAGCACACGGGGGAGAAGCCGUUCUCGUGUCCGGUGUGCGGGAGAUGUUUUGCAGAAAGAUCCGCGCUCGUUACUCAUCAGCGGAUCCACUCCGGAGAGAAACCCUUUAACUGCAAAGAAUGCGCCAGGAGCUUCGUCCAGAGAUCCAGCCUCGUCAAGCACCAGCGCAUUCACACCGGCGAGCGGCCGUUUGUGUGUUCUCAGUGCGGGCGCUGCUUCUCCCAGAGCUCCAAUCUUGUCCGACACCAAAGAAUACUCCACCAGUUUUUAUAGACCCCCCCCCCCCCCAUCUGUCUGUUAUUUAUAAUGCCCCCCCCCCCUGUUUGUGUCUCUGCUCUAAAUCGGAGGAACCAUUUUUUAAGGGUGGCUAAAGAUGAGAAUGCAACUGGUUAAAGGGAUUUUCCCAGACCUAUAAUGCCCCCUAAAUGCCCGGGCCCCUCACACAGAUUGUACUUACCCAGCUCCCCUGAUGCCCGCUUAAUAAAACAUACAGGGGGAAAGGACAUUAGCCAAUAGCCGGCUGUGACGGAAGCGUCAUCCGCGAUGCUAGGGAGGCUUGUUCCCAUUGCGGCCUGCUAUUGGCUGAGCCCCCCCCCCAUCGCGCGGAUCAAAACAUCCGUCAGAAGUGGCGCGGGUGCCAGG